AUGAAAGUUGAAGAUGAUGAGUUGUUGGGGUUGGCUGUAGAUGGUCGUCGUCGUCGUCGUCGUCUUAUCUUGAAUGUUGCUGUUGAUAUCGCUCACCAUCUGGACGACAGCAACAAACCCGUUUUCAAAGAAGGCACGUUUUCUUCAUGCAUCCAUCAUCAGAUUCGAACUUUCUACGAGAUGAUCCUUGCAGAUCCCAUCCAUCUGGUGCAAUCAAUUCGAUCAUCACCGAAUACAUCGGUGAAUCAAUCCAUCGCGAAACGUUCUCAUCUCCAAAUCAGCCAACAUUUCCGAUCCAUUUAA